UUAUGCACACCCCSUCAAUAAAGUGUUACCAUAAAAUCUAAUAAAACACUAUAAACAAUACUUUACACGCUUUGACACAACAAUAAUGAAGCUUUAGUUACACAGUUCUCAAGCUUUGCUGCCAUUACAAUGGCUAGCAAAUGUAAUUUUUGCUUGGACCCUUUUUGGAAACAAAUUUUCACCCAUUUUCAUAUGAUAGACAAAAAAGACGCCACACUUAAAAGUAUUUUCAGAGAUCAAAAAUUAUUUAUGCGUACAUGUCUGUACUACAAGAACAGAACAAGUAAAAUGGCUUCCUUGUAAUAAAAAGAAAAUCACACACACAACCAGCAAGGGAUCUAUUGUGCGAUCAUACCCCACUGUGGGUGUGGGCUCUGGCCAUGUGCUCUGUCCAACACAAGAGGGAUAAGCUCAGAGCUGACCAAGCAGCAAACAACCUCUGUGUGUGUUGCUCUGAAGUCAUUAACUCUCAUGCUGCCAUUUCCACAGAAGGCAGACAGCUGGGAAGCGAAGCACUUUAACAUCAAAUCAACAAAUAGGGCAAGUAGGAACCUGCGAGAGUUGAUCAUCUGCAGGAAGGAGAACAAGAGGGCUGGUAUUUUACCAGGAAGAGCUGUGCGGAUGAUUCAUUACGUACGACCUAAUUACACAUGAAGGGACAAAGAGCAAGGGGACAGAUAAAACGGGUUGAGGUAAAACAGAGAAAAAUGAAAGGAGAGGAAGGGAAAUACAGCAAGCACAAGAGAGUAGGAAGCCGUAAGUGGGAGGAGAGUGGAAAAAAACCUUAGAGUGCGAUGAGUGAGUCUGUUCCUCUGUGUCACGUGUAUAAUUUUGUGUUACUGCUGGCAACCAGGGAAGGAUAAACCUUUUCUCACGGGGAUAAGAGGAGGGACGACCUAAUCAGCAAUGAGUACAACUCGAGCAUAACACACACAGCUGACUCUAAGAGACACUGGAGCUCAGAGGACUCAGCCCCCGCCAGAGCACAACAAAGCGAUCUUUACAACCAAAUAUAGCUCUGAAGUAGUGUACGUAUUUCUGCUGCUGUUCUUCUUGAUGGAGCUAGUGGAGAGGACUUCCCUGUGCGAGUUGUAGUCUGACAGCUCUGAGGAGCAUUGAAGCCUGAGAGGAUUGAAGAUUUAAAGUGUUAUUUCUUCAUAGAGGCAACAGACUGAACUGCCGACUGGAGGAAUAAGCUGUGGUGGUGCUGAAAUACAAGAGUGAAACAAGGCUAUUAUGCACCAGCUUGGAGGCAGAAAAUGUAGCUUCCUGUUCUGCCUGGGGGUUGUGGCGUGUUCAAUAAUUUAUUGGCUGAGUAGAACUAAACUAGUGGGAACGCCUACAAGCAGUAAGCCCCCCCUGGCUGGCAUUGAGAAAAGAGAAAAUUACUGUCAGAACGGGAAACAGAUCAACAGGUUGGCUCUACCCAAAAAUGUGGGAAUUUAUAUUCAAAGUACCAACCUGCAAUGUUCAAAUUUGACUGAAGAACUACACUUUAUCAACACAACUCUGAGUCGUGAAGAAGAGAACUAUCCUCUGGCUUUCAUCGUCACUAUUCACAAGGAGCUAGAUAUUUUUGUUCGCAUGCUUCGUGCUAUCUACAUGCCACAAAAUGUUUACUGCAUACAUGUGGAUGCCAAGGCUCCAAAGGAGUACCAGGAAGCUGUACAAAAGCUCGUCAGUUGCUUUGGUAACGUGUUCCUCUCCAGUCRCAGUGAAAAAGUGACGUAUGCAGGAUUUUCACGCCUGCAAGCUGACUUGAACUGCAUGAAGGAUCUCACUGCCACUCCRAUAGCUUGGAGGAAAGUAAUAAAUUUAUGUGGGCAAGAUUUCCCAACCAUGAGCAACCUGGAACUGGUGCAAUAUAUGCAAAGCACUGAAUGGAGGGACAAAAACAUGACACCUGGAGUCAAACAGCCAGCCACUAUGAAGCACAGAACACGAUUCCAGCAUCAUGAGAUUGUGGGGUCACAUGUUGCCCCAAGGGUGCCAAGACACACAAAACCUCCUCCUCCUCACAAUUUGAAAAUUUAUUUUGGAACGGCAUACUAUGCUCUCACAAGAGAUUUUGUGGACUUUGUUCUGAAGAACCAAAUAGCCCAUGACUUCCUGGAGUGGUCCAAAGACACAUUUAGUCCAGACGAGCACUACUUUGUGACACUCAACCACAUAAAAGAAGCUCCAGGCAAUCGUCUUGAUGGAGGUUGGGAAGGAGCUAUCCGAGCAAUCAAGUGGAGGGACCAAGAAGGAAAGGCACAUGAUGGUUGCAAAGGGCAUUAUGUACGGGACAUCUGUGUCUAUGGGAUAGAAGACAUUCCAUGGAUCAUCGAGAAGAAUAGCAUGUUCGCCAAUAAGUUUGAGAUUAAUACAUUUCCUGAGGCACUAGAUUGUUUGGAGCAGUGGCACAGAAAUAAAGUCCUGAACCAGGCAACAGUUCCUAUAAAUCCAUCAUGGCUGAUAUGCUCCCACAAUAACUCAAUUAACUUCUGAAACAGAAGUGUUGAAAUCGCUGCUGACAUCAUUAUGCUGUUAAAUCUAUGGAGUCUCCCUAGCUGGCUAUGUCAAAACGUGAAUCCAGUGCCCUGAAUUGUGAGACAUAACUGCACUAUUUAUUAAACUCUUACUUUCCUGUGAUUAUUUAUUGUCUAUCCCAUUUAGACAUUUUCGUCACACAAAGUGUUGGAAAAAGAGUUGGUUAAUUAUUUAAAACUAUAGUUUCAUAUUAUGUACAGCUUAAAAAGGGACAUUUUUAUAAAGUAAUUUAUUGUUUUAAUAUUAAGUAAAUAUGUAAAAAAAUAAAAAUAAAGACAAUGUGAAAAUAAACUUUCAACUUCUAGAAUAAAUUGUUUUCUCUGUUAAUUGAGUUCAUUGACUAUCGCUACAUUUGUUUCUGUGAUGUAAGGUAAGCAUUAGAUUAUUAUUAAAAAGUGAAAGCCAAACAUCUCUGAAAGUCUUACCAUGAAAUUAAAAGAUCAAACACAGCUGUAGGAACKUACUGAGGUCAAUUCUACCUUCAUAUCACAAAGAAUUGUUUAGGUGUGGUCCUGCUCCAACAUACAAAUAUUGAGAUACCAAGCAAAAUCUACAGUUAUUAGCCUUAAAUUAAAUAAUAAAAAAAUCAGACAUGAAUCUCAGAAAUGUUUGACCAAAAUGCUUUCCGCAUAAAUUAAACAGCAUGCAAAAUAAAAAAAUGCUACAUUGAAAACUCAUAUCCCAACAUUUUUGGRCUAAACACAGGGGUAUUUUUCUUAUAUGUUCAGGACUGACAAUCAAAUAUUCCACUCCUAGAGUCCAAAUGGAAAAACUCUUCAACACAACUACAAACUGAAAAUGAACAGAAAUGCAUGUCAAACAUUUCUAACUAAACAUUCAACGUUUUCUCGCAUUCUCCAAAUUUCCCAGCAAGCAUUUUAACGAGUUUCUCCAUGGAACGCAAAAGCGCAUCUAAAAAUAAACCCUUUACAGUCAGCCAGCAUGAUAGCCCCAAAAGACCCUGAUACAAGCUGAAGUCCCAGCUUGUAUCAGGGUCAGUUUCUCAUGAGAAAGACAGUUAUUUUUGGUAGUUAAACCUUAUUUUUGACCAACUCAAAACAGCUAGACCAUGACUGUCUUCAACAUACUUUUACUUCAACAGAGACACCAAAAGAGGUCAGCUUUUAUCUACUGCCAUAUUUCUAAAAAUAGCCUAACCUAGAGAAAUUGUUAACACAACUUUGAAGUUACGUCAAACUAAAAGGUCAAAAACUAAAAUAACUUCUAAUUCCUUUGCUGAGAGAUUCCCAUGUGGCUACAAUUGGGUCAGAAAGGAAAUCCAGAAAAGUCAAGCUGAAAUGUGAACAAUGCAUCUACGAAACGACUACAACCAUGGGAAACAAUCAGUGCAUCUCCAUAUUAUUUGCUUGGUCAUUGGGCCACUUUUAGCAGCAAAAGCGCCAAUUGUCAUUUUCAACACAACUUCAAAUGUGGGGUCAUCUUUUUAAGAAAAGCCAUCUGCAGAUCAUGCUACAAGAAGUCUGGUUUUUGACUCGACCAUUUUAACACCUUGAUUUAUAUUUUCAGUAAUUCUGUUGUGGAUUUGUUGUUGUUUCAGGUCAUUUAUCUGCUGAUGAACCUGUUUCAGCCAGUCUCAUGCUGUCCUAUUUAUAGUCUCUCUCCCUACUGUAGAGUACUUUCAUAAACAGGUAGGUUUACAUGUCAUCAAUGAUUUCCACAUACACAGGUCAUGUAUAACAAAGGAAGCCCAAAUCAUCCCCCCUCCAACACUAUGCCUGCUAGUUGGUAUUGAGUGUAGGUGCUGCAUUUAAUUUGUGUUACAUGCAGCAUUGUGCAUUACAUAGUACAGAUGAGGAGAGAAAAUAAAAAGGAGGACUGAUCAUUUUUUUUGUCAGGUUAUGGUCUGAGCCUUUCAAAAAGUCAUUACCAGUGCUCUUCCCAUCAACUACCCAGGCUAUGUCAAACCCAGGAUGGCACUAGAUAAUGAGCCAUAUACUAUCAACAGUGAGCCAGGCGCCACUGACAUUUCACUGACUAAAUGUGGCUACAAAGACCUGAAAAGCUGUUAGCAUUAGCGAGCCACUUAUUGGCGUUUUGUGUUGACAAAGACAAGAAAAAUACUUGUAAGUACCAAAAAAAGGGAGAAUAAUAAUAGUAAAUAAAUAC